UAGAGUAUCUAUAAAGCAUUGCUUAGAUGCGCAGCACUCAGUGCAUGCAUUAUGAUUCACUCAACCGCACAUACAUAAAGUUGAUUGAUUGAUUCAAGUGCUAAUUGAAGAGAAGGAACGUCGAUCGAGCAUCGCAGAUCAAAAGGAGAUGAUGAUGGAGAACCUGUUGGAGACGAUAAAGUCUCAGGUGAGCAAGCUGAAGCUAACGAAGAAGAAGAAGAAGAAGCCAUACAUAAAAAUCGAUAAGAGUGCGAGCGUGAAGGUUGAGAUCCGAAGCAGAAAGGCUCGCAACCUUAUCGACAAGACUCUUAAGGCUGCUGAUCGCCCUGGCAAAACCACCCCUAUCUCUUAAUCAUCACCUUCCUUAUGUAACAUUCAUUCACCACUCCCUCUAUCUUCUGAAUUUAAAUCCUCUAAUUUGAGAAAUUUGGUAUUUUUUACGCUAUUUCCAUUUAUGUAAACAAACUGUCCUUGUAAUUAUGUAAAACAAAACAAUAAUUUUU